UCUUGUGUGGUUCCAAUUGCUGUCAGGUCUACAGCAUGAAGUGUGACCUCAAAAAAACUCUCAUGCAACUUUUAUUCAUGGUUUAUUCGAUUCUUAAAGUUUCAGCUGAAUCUACGUAUGAUAAUAGUAUACCAGUCCAUGGUAUAACAGGAGAAAAUUUGACCGUUAACUUCAAGUUUAAAGCUUCUGGUAUCAAUAGUCUUUCUAGAAUGCCUCUUCUUCACAAAAAUAACAAAAAGAUUGGGAGUUGCAAGCAAACUAGCAAACAUUGCCAUGAAAGAUUUGUACUCAGCGAUGUGGAUGAUAGCAGUACUGCAACAUUAUACAUCAUAAAUAUCACAUUGGAAGAUGAAGGAACAUAUCAUAUUUCACUCCUUUUGGAUGGGGCCCAACCUAUGGUUCUUAGUAAUAAAAUCACAUUUGCAGUGAAACCACGGAAUAUAACAAACGAAAAUAGGACAUCUUUGAAUACAGAAGACGAUAUCCUUAAACCGGAGACAUCCAAAGCACAAACCUUCUUCAUUUACAUCAGUGCAUCAGUCAUUUUAUUUAUAUGUUUUUGUAUAGCCUUGGUGUCUUGGCUCUUUUGGAUCAACUCAAGAAAACAAGACAACCCUCAAACCCAAAGCAAUGGCACAACACAAGGAGAUUGUAGGAGACCGGAUGCUGUGACUGUCAGCUGUGUGGAGUACGGAGAGUUAGACUUUCAAAACCGACCUACAAGAGAUGACAAAGUAAAACCUGUUGAGGUGACAUCAAAUACCCAAGAUGGCGUGGAAUAUGCUGCUAUCAUUUUCCCUCAGAAAAAAACGACACCAGGUGGGCGGAUGAGAGAUAAAAAGCGAGUACAUCCCGUCACGAGAUAAUCAAAGCCAUGAGCACACUUUGUCCACCAAACCUUUUCUCUUGCAUGAUUGCUGUACACGCAAAAUGUGGGACAUUAUAUACAUGCUUCAUACAUGCUCCUUACACUCUAAAAAGUGCUCGAUCAUUUUAACCCAUGGAUGAGUAAAAGGUAUAAACCAAUGAUGAGUUGGGCGGUUUAGAGCCACAGUUGUGUCAGAUGUGGGAACCAGAAAUUGGGUUUUUCAAUAUUUUGACCAACCACGAGUUGAAAGUGUUAAUGAAAUGUGAUGUCAAUCAUGAUAAUACUGUAAACAUGCCACAAACUGUAACACUGAGUCAUAGCGAGUUGCCAACCACAGAAGCCCCCAUGCAUGAAGAAGGAACUUUCUACUUGAAUAUUGCUGUUUAAUGUGGUCGCUUAAUUGUAUUGGGCCUUUGCUCAAAUCUUUUGGGUGGGCCCUAUAGAGAAAAAUAUAGAAGCAGAAACCCACCAAUCCUAUCAAUGGUUUCAGCGGCAACAACAUUAAUGUUAUGUGGCCAAACUUAACUUUCGGUGGACAUCUGCAAAGUAUCAUUAACUGUCGAGUAGUUUUAAUUGAAUUGAAUUAAUAAAUAAAUAAUUAAUAUACAGUUAAAUAAUACUAUAAAUUAAAAUGUAUAUAAAUUAAAUAUGAAAAAAAAUGUCUUAAUAGCCAGACUGAAAACCAAACACAGAUCCGAAGUUAACUUUGGGGCAGGCACGUACAUCCGACAAAGUAUUCUACAUCAGAACAGCCUAGCAACCACCCAAGCAACCUCAUUGCAACAUGCUAUAAACCUCUCAGAACACCUUGUACAAGUUAGCAACGUCUCUGCAUUCUGGUCAUGAGUUUUGCAUUGACAAGCACCAAAAAUCUAGUUAUGACUCUGUUACUGCUGCUAAAAUGCUUCUGUGUAUUUUAACACUAUUUGAGUAUUCAGUUGUUCAUAAAAUAUUACCAUGAAAACGUUUUAAUAAUGUACUCUGUACAUGUGGAAGUUUGACAUGGUACUGUA